CACAACGCGUUAGAGUCCGUGAUACUAGGGAUUUCUUGGAGAGAACUAGUUUCGCGAUUUACUGGCAGAAAUGUACGGCAAGUUUCAUUUAAAGAAGAGGUGAUGUCUCACUACAGGCCGAAGUGGGAAGGUGCAUGUCAGCGAUAAUUUAUGACCGCGAUUUUGCUUUCCUUCCGACGGUACGUGUGUAUUCUGUGAUCAGCAGCUGUGAAGUUGACCACUUCAUUGUGUUACAUUCGCCUUGUCUCUCGCCCGCUUUAGUCGUAAACGGUGCAGUACUCGACUUUUGGGAGUUGAAAAAAAUGCCGGGAGGGGUGUGACUGACAUCCUUCACCCAUUGUUGCAUUGUUUCUACAUACCAACGUCUUUAGUCAUGAGCUGGGGAGACUUUUAUGACAUCCAACGCUAUAAGACUUCUGUAGGUCCACGUGGGUUCUACAUUAGACAGCACAUAGCCCAUUAAAUUCCACGAUCACAAGAGAGUUUUCAGAAUAAGAUGCAAUUCCAUGGUGGGAGAUUAUAAAAGGGUAAACAGCGAGCGUUGAAAUUCCAACUUAAGCAUGGAGAACGGCGACCGCACGCCUGUACCGCGGGUCCGCAGUAUCUCCGCGCUGCUGAGGUUCGGUCGGAACAUGGGUUUGACUUACGUGGCCACCAGCAACGGGAGUGCCGGAGAUGGAACCAAGAUGAAUCCUCUAGGGCGGGGCCAGGGGAGAGACAAGGGCGACCGGACGCCCGUUGCUGACGAGGUAACCACCGGGGUGUGUUCCAUCGCCGACAGUCCGUAUCGCAUUUUGAGGUUGGCAGCGCUGGGUAAAUACGACGAGUUUGUGCGAAUGUACCAUGCCGACCCCAAGAGGCUGGCAUUUCGGGACAAGCAAGGGGCCGGGGCCCUCCAUCAUGCCGCCUCCCGCAACCGCAUCAACAUCAUGGAAUUUAUCCUGGAGCAAAAUGAGGAUAUCAAUGUGACCGACGCUGCAGGUAACACCCCGCUCCAUGUUGCCGUAGAGCACGACCACCCAGAAGCCGUUGAUUUUCUUUUGAACAACGGUGCCGGCAGCACACGGCUCAACAACCACAACAUGGCCGCCAUCCACCUGGCAGCGGAUCGGAAUAAAACCAAGGCACUCGAGGCUUUGGUAAAGCGGAGAGACAUUGACGUCAAUUACCAAGGUGACCUGGGCCAAACCGCCCUCCAUUUUGGCGCCAUAAAAGAUAACACGGAAGCUGUAAAGAUACUGCUUCGCACACCAGCUAUUAACCCUUGUGUUCGAGAUAGCAAUGAAGUGUAUGCUAUACACGCGGCAGCCAAGCACGGUUCAGCCGGUGUGCUGGAUUUGCUCAUUGCAUUCUACAAGGAAAGCUGCAUCAGCAGAAAGGCUUUGGCCUACAUCGACAAGGAAGGAAACACAGCUCUCCACAGCGCCGUCAACAGCGGGGACUUCGCCGCCGUGAAGUUGUGCCUUAAGUACGGGGCUCGGAUCGACGUGCAGCAGGUCAUCAAAUGCAAGGGUGAGCGUGCCACGCCACUCCACCUAGCCUGCACACAAGGCUCCCUCGAUAUCGUCAAACUCAUGCUCUCCACUGGACAGACGGACAAGGACACGGCGCUCAACGUGCCCGACUGCCAACUUCAGCUGCCUCUCCACAGGGCGGCCAUGUUCGACCAUGCAGAAAUCGUCGACUACCUUCUGCAAGAGGGCAGCUACAUCGAUGCCCAGGACAAGAACCAGCGUACUCCCCUCCUCCUGGCUACCCAGCGGGGAAGUUGGCGCUCCGUCCUGCUCCUCCUUGAAAGGGGAGCUGACGUCACAGUGACCGACUGUGAAGACCGGAACGUGCUACAUCUGAUUGUGCUGCACGGGGGAUCCUUGGAGAUUCUGGGUAGAGAAUUUUUCAAGAAACCUGAGGCAGCGAUACUGCUGAACCACGCGGACAGCACUGGCUGUACCCCGAUGCACUACGCCACUAGAGAGGGCUGUAUCAAGGUAGUCCAGGGGUUGAUUGAGAUGGGAGCCACCGUCAACCUCAAGAACAAGGACAAGCAGUCUCCACUUCACUUCGCUGCCAGAUACGGAAGGUUCAACACCUGUAAACAGCUUCUAGACAGCCCCAUUGGGCCCAACAUCAUCAACGAGACCGACAGUGAAGGGAUGACGGCCUUACACAUUGCCUCCUGGUUCGGCCACUACAGGGUGGUCAAGCUGCUCAUGUUCAAGGGGGCUCUGCUCCACAAGGACCACAACGGGCGUUCACCGAUGCACCUUGCAGCAAUGGAAGACUAUACAAACACGGUGGAUGUUCUGCAUACUGUUCACUGUCACUUGAUCAACUGGAAGGAUGACGACGAGAACACAGCUCUGCAUUUGGCAGCGAUAGAAGGCAAGGUCAACGCAGUCGUCUUCCUGCUAAACCAUGGCGCUGAAAUCAAGAGGAACAAGAAAAACCAGACCGUCAUGGAUGUCACCAUUGAAUCACAGAAUAAGGACGUGGCAUUGGCCAUCACAGCCCAUGAACGGUGGCAUGAGGUAAUGAUGCAGUCCUCCGACACCAGACCUCACAUGUUAGGUCUCGUAGCACACAUGCCCGAAGUAGCGUUGUCCGUGCUGGACCGCUGCGAGGAGGUGAUUGAUAACGGUCUUCGUCACUGUAAAGGGUACUCCUAUGACUUCCGUUACCUUCAGUGCAGUGCGCAGUCGCAGCAGAAUUUCUCUGAUGAGAAGACGGCUUACGUGCCUCUACUGGUCUUGAAUACUAUGGUCAAGUUUAAUCGCAUCAAGCUCCUCUCACAUCCUGUAUGCGUGACCUUCUUGUCUAUGAAAUGGAAGGCAUAUGGGCGCACCUAUCACAUGUUGAACAUCCUUCUCUACCUGUUUUUCCUGGCGUUCUUGACGCUGCUCAUAUGGCACAAAGUACCCUUACAGCUGUCCAAAUCGAUCCACGCCAACCUCUCGUGUGAGGCAACCUCGGCUGGGCAUCAAGAGAUACCACUGAUACACGAAGUUAGUAAAUGGACUCUGGCGGUGUAUGCGGGUCUCAGCAUCUUAAAGGAAGUGGGACAGCUGGUACACCAGAGGCAUAAGUACUUCUUGGAGGCCAACAAUGCAAUCGAAUGUGUGCUGUACAUCUCGACUCUGCUCUAUGUCUGUCCGUUCUUCGUCGACAUUCCCCGGUGCAAUUUGUCGUGGCAGACGCCAUUCGGUGCAAUCGCUGUCUUUUUGGCUUGGUUUAAUCUCCUUCUGUACCUCCAACGGUUUGACAUAUUUGGCAUUUAUGUCGUCAUGUUUCUGGAGAUUCUACGAACCCUUGUCCAGGUUCUUUUCGUCUUCUCAAUUCUCUUUAUUGCGUUUGGCCUGGCGUUCUUCAUGCUGCUGUCGCAAGAGGCAAGCAAAGCCCACGCCACGCCCAUCAUGUCCAUGCUCCGGGUGUGCACCGCCUUGAUGCUGGGCGAGUUGGACUACAUCAACUCUUUCGUGGAGCCCUCGCUGGACUACGACCCGAUCACAAUGCCUCACCCGGAGAUCACUUUCAUCUUCCUCUUCGCCUGCGUCUUGCUGCUUCCGGUUCUGCUGAUGAACUUGCUGAUUGGUCUGGCUGUUGGCGACAUCGCCGAGGUUCAGUACAAUGCUCGCCUCAAGCGCCUGGCCAUGCAGGUAGAGCUACACACGGAACUGGAACACAAGCUGCCAAAACGCAUUCUGAAGUACGGAGAAAAGGACCAUCUGACCGUCAGACCGCCCUGCAAGAAAAAGUUUCUGACCAGGCUUUGGCUGAAGAUUAUGGAGUCGGCUGGCAUGGAGGAGGGGAUGCCAAAAGAGCGGUUGAGGACAGCAGCUGACGUGCACAUCAACGUGGUUCACGGGGAACUUAUGAAACAGAAGCGAAGGAUGAAGGAAAUAACCAGUCAAUUAGACAAGCAGUAUAACCUGCUUCGUCUCAUCGUCCAGAAGAUGGAGAUUCGCUCGGAGGCGGAUGACAUGGACGAAGGAGAGCAUCCGUCCGGUCGCAGAGGCAGCACUAUGGCUCAAAUCGUCCGGCAGACCAUGUCCCGCAACAGGUUUUGCAGCCGGAGGUACCGUGGUUUCGAAAUGACGUCGACCCAGGGGAAAGAUGCUGAAGGCCCGUACAAGGAAACAGUACAAGGAAACUGAAGGAGGGAUAUGCGGGUCCGACAAAGUCUGACUCGUACUAUAGGUCAGUUAUGACUACCUAGAGCUAGGAUCUAGUCCAGAAAUGUCAAUUAUUUCCCUGCACUGACUGAAAUCCCGAUUAUCCGUAUCACAAGAGCGUUUUCUGGCUCAGGCGCUCGUAGGUUUUUAGACACACGUGGGCAGAGGCUCAGGACAGGAGACUUUAUUUCUGUGAAAUUUAAGCAAGGAACUUGAAUAAGGUAGUCUGUUUCCAGAAUUCGCCGUAGAUUAACAGAAAAUAAAAUGGUGAAGCGAGCUUUAGUUUGACUUGUAUCGUGACUACCUUUGGCGAGGUUUAUCAUUCUCUUCUGAUUUGUUUUUUGAAGAUGGGAUCGAGUAUCUCUGUCAGUUUAGUUACUCGUCUGGAAGCUCAGUUUUUUCCUAGUGGAAAGAAUUCAGUUUGUAUGGGUACUAUGAAUAGUACCCAGGCGUGUAUUUUGGUUCAUAGUGUGUAUUAUGCGAUGAGGUGUUAUAAAACAAAAUUGACUGCUUUAUCUUUGGUAGAGUAGAACUAGUCUCCCUUGGCUUCGGCUAGAAUGCUGUAUGAAUCACCUCAAGAGGCUAAGUUUACUACACCACUCGAAGCAGUAAAGAUUUAUUUACUAGCCACUGUAAACCUUUAUGAUUUGAUCUUUACCAUACAUUGUUUUUGCAGUGUUGUGGCAAGUUUAAUCUCUGUACAAAAGUACAAUAAUUACUUUUCUUUGGAGAGAUUGGUUUCUCGUUAACCCGUCGGGAAAAGCCAUCUGUGGGCCUACCGCAUGAAUUGCAAGUAUGUGAUAGUAAUAUUUAUUGCAGAAACAUUUAUUAUGAGAACAUUCCGUAUUGAAAAGCGCCGAGACAGCACAAACAAUAACGAGGUUUAUCCGUAUAAGUGCAUGACAGUAUUCUCUGCUUAAAUAAAGUAGGUUGUAGAUAUUUCUGUAAAGAUUGUAAUUUUAAUGACAUCUUUCGUGAAUAUCGCUGUGCAUACAGUAAUUUUGAAAUGAUUUGAGAAGAUUGGAGUAUCAGUUUUGGACGUGAGAUUUUAUCAUGAAAUUUGCACAGUACCAUUUGUCUUUGAACUGAGAUAUGUUUAAAAUAUGUCACAGCGUGUAGACCUCUGCGCUGAUGACAUCACCCGCUGCUUACGCGUGUGCUUUCUUAUAGUUUUCAGUGGACCCUGGGCGUCCAUACAAAAGUGUCCAUGUAAACAAAGUGUGACGUCACCAGUACAUAGGCCUAUCAAUAACGCCAUUCAUAAUAAAGACAUAUACAUAAUUAUGUAUUUUCAAAGAAGAAUUGCUUGUAACAGUAUUGGGUUUUCCUUAGACACAUUUCUGAAACUAUACUCCUCUGCAGUGUAUGAGAAUUGUUUGAAAUAUUUACUUUUAUACUAAAUGCAUUGAAAAAUGUACUUUUUUAAGCAUUUAAAAUUGUCCCUCCUCUCCUUGACAAAUGAGGGCGCUGUUGCUGUGAUGUCAUCCAGGGAAGACAUAGUUAAGGAGCACGUCUAAGGAGAACAAUGAAUCACUAAAACAGAGAAAUUGUAGGCCAGCAAAAUCCAUAAAAAGCAGGGUUUUUUGUGCACAAAACCAAUGUAACAUUGAGGAUUUUUUCCUGAUGAUGACAUCACAGUUUUGCUCAUACUUGUGGAAAUACCAUUUGCAUAAAAGCCAAAAAAGCUCCAAAAUGGAUACCUUUUAAAAUAGUUGGGGAAAUGGAAACCAGGGUUGACUAAGACACAAUUAAGGUUCAUUUUGGCGAUUGGCUUUUUUUCAUGGCAAGCUUCAGAUUGACAUGAAUUUUAUGGGGCAUCGGCAUAGUCGUAGCCAGACUUGACUGUUCAUUUGGGAUGUUGGACAAAUUCAGGUGUGUGGAAAUUGUACAGAUAUUGGCCUUAUGCAACUGAAUUACUGGGCAAACACGGCCUCUUCGCUUGGUCUUUGUUCUUGGUGUAAUCUUGUAAUUAUUUCUCAUUAUAUAAUAUAGAGUGAGUAAGAGUACAUACGAUUCCAAUUCUGCUCUUCUGACGGCGUCUAUCUACCCUAAGUCAAUCGGAUUGUCGAGAAGUCAGAAUUAACCAAUCAAGCUUUUUUCCCCAUUAGAUACUGCCCGAAUAACGUAAAAUUCAUAAAAUUGCACCACACCCAUUUUUCAAUUAAGAAUCGCUGAAAAACAUUAGGGAUUCAGGCUAUUAAAUUAAAUCACGUUUUAAAUCAAAAUUAAUUCAUCCUUUUGUUCAAAGUUAUUGACCACUUGCCUUAUUAAAAUUGAGAAAUGUAUUCAACUAUUAUUUAGAAAAUGAUAAUA